AUGCGCUUUCUCUGCUUGGUCGCGCUGCUUCUCUCGGUCCCACUCGGUGCGCUCACCCUCUCGGCCGACGAGCGCGAUGAGCUCUCGCGCGACUUGGCGCGCUGGCAAACCAAGUUUGGCAAUGACGACCACGUGCGCACGGCCAUGGUCUUGGUGCGAGGGACCUUGACGACCGACGAUCUUCUUUGGCGAUUGAAGGCGGCCAAGGACAAGUUUCCCGCUCUGCAGGCGGCCAACCCGUACUUCGCGUCGUCGCCGAUGCCGGUGCCACCACAGACAGCUCUUCCAGCGGCCGCCACUUUGAAUCGCAGUGCUGUCGGCGGCACGGUGGUCGAUACGGUUGACUGGACCACGCAAUCGACAUGCGUCACGCCCGUGAAAUGGAUGGGCAAGUGUCGAAGCGAUUGGGCGAUCGCGGCGGCGGCGGCCGUGUCGUCGGCGCACUGUCUCGCAACCGGCGAGUUCAUCGACCUCUCGGUACAGCAAGUCUUGAGCUGCACAUACUCUAGCGGGCUAGACAGCUGCUGGGGCCCCGGGACCCCAUUCGAUGGCAUGCAGUGGCUGCUCGAGCGGUCCAGCGCCUUGUGCACUGAGAAGGCGAACCCAUACACCUCGGGCCACUCGGGCGUCACGCCAAAAUGCAGCGACAACACCAAGUGCACCAGAUCGAUUUCGCUCUACGUCGGUGAGAUCGAGCAAGCUCGUGGCGAGACCGCGCUCGAGGAGCAGCUCCGGACGCAGCCGACCCACUUCAACAACAACUACGCGUGGCAACUGUACACGGGCGGCCGCCUCGACCAAGCCGUCCUCGUCGUGGGCUUCGGCACUGAAGACGUUGGCUCUGCGCUACCACCCGUCGGCUUCUUCAAGGUGCGCAGCGCGUGGGGCACCGACUGGGGCGAGCAUGGCGACGUGCGCCUCGCGCGCGGCCCCGGCACCGGCGAUUUCGGCACGUGCGACAUUGCGACGCACCUUGCGUACCCACUGCGCUUGCCGUUUCGGACCAAGGCCUCGGACGUGGCAUCCACCACCGCGCCACACAGACCCACACCACCGGCUUCGUCUCGCAUGUCGACAGCUAGCGACGACGAGACGUAG